UGCUUGGUAAAUAACAAGUUGCAAUGCGUUCUUGACUGGAUGUCCAAUUAUUGAAUUAUUGAAUAUUUUGCAGCUGGUAUUUAUUACACGACAAAUCCAAUAGGAAAAUUUCUCAGGUAGCGAAUUUGUAAUUAAAACGGAAGAUGUCGCACAAUACAUUAAAUACCAAUUUCGUUCUCUGCUUUACAUGACAUACUACAUUUUUGACAGCUGAUAACCGAUUAAAAAUUUGCUCUCGAUAAGACAUAAACAAAAUAUACGUUAUUUGUUAAAGAAAACAAUUCAUAUUAACUACAUACAAUUGAUGAACCUGAAGAAUGUGUUGUUAGUUGUUAACAAAGAUAGCAAAGCAAAACAAUUUGCGUUUCAACGCUGAAGCCGCCAGCUAUAUAAUUCCAUAUCGAAACAUCAGUGGAGCGUUCCUACAAUAUUUAUUCCUUAAAAAGUGUUAUCUGUAGAUGGCAGAAUUGGAAAAUACCACCGACCAAAUGACUGUUGGAACGAAUGCCGAAGAUGUCGCAUCACAAGAUAACUUAACGACGGCAGCAGAUGUUGUUUCGACCUCACCAUCCUUAAAUUCUGAAAAUUCCAACAGUAAUGCCGCCGAACAAAUGGUGACUACACCAAAAACAAAAGCUGUGACAAUAAAUGCACCAUCACCCCCGUCUACACUUUCAAAACCAGCACUCACAACAUAUCUCCCUUGUAUAACUGAAGGUUUGGAACAGUUCAAACCCAUAAUACCUUUUGAAGAGCUUAUAUUAGAAGAAAAAAUAGGACAUGGCUCCUUUGGAGUGGUUUACAAAGUGAAAUGGCAGGAGCGACGAGUAGCCGCCAAAGAGUUCAUGGCUAAUCCGGAUCAAGCUGAAGCUAUUGAAACAGAGGUGCGUCAACUAUCUCGUGUCAGCCAUCCCAACAUUAUAGAGCUUUAUGCAAUAAGUGCAAAUCAACAAUCAAUAUACCUCAUAAUGGAGUUUAUGGAAGGUGGUUCCUUACAUACAUUUCUACAUGGCAAAGUGAAACCAUACUACUCAACAGCGCAUGCUAUGAGUUGGGCCUGUCAAUGUGCGGAGGGUGUUGCCUAUCUGCAUGCAAUGAAACCAAAACCUUUAAUUCAUCGAGACUUGAAGCCCCUGAAUUUGUUACUUACAAAUAAGGGACGUCAUUUGAAGAUUUGUGACUUCGGUACUGUUGCAGAUCAGGCUACAAAGAUGACUAAUAAUCGUGGCACGGCUGUGUACAUGGCACCGGAGGUGUUCUCGUCGUGUAAAUAUGAUGAAAAAUGUGAUGUCUUCAGUUGGGCCACAGUGUUAUGGGUGGUGCUGACGCGUCAACAGCCUUUUGCAGAAAUCACAAACGCUUAUUCAAUACAAUGGCAAAUACACAAAGGCCAUCGACCACCAAUGAAUCCGAAAAUUCCUCAACCAAUACAAAAUCUUAUGCAGGCAUGUUGGCUUAAGGAGCCAGCGGAGCGUCCACCCAUGGCACAAGUGUUAACUUUCAUGAAGCGGGUAACAGCGGAUCUGCCCGGAGCUGAUGAAGCAUUGGAGUAUGAGUUUAAACAUCUUCAGAUUGUCUGCACGGACAGCACACAAUCCACUGACAGUUAUCAACUCGAUUUCAGUAGUCUGCGUUCCACCGAAAACUCCAACAGCACAUCAUUGGAUUUAACACCAACAAAUACGGCAGAUCAUACAAACACCACAGAUUCCUCGAUUACACCCACGAACAGCACGGAGGGUUACUCCAACUUUAUUGUGCCAACAACAACACCUACACCAACCGCACACAUCGCCGGGCUAACAUGUUGGGAUGCUAUACCCGAAGAGUCUGAAUCGUCUUUAAGUCAGCAAGAAGCGACCGCAGAUAUGUUCAACAUGACACCAUCACCAUCGGCGUCCAAACGUUAUGAAACUAUACGUAACGGCAUUACUCAAACGGCUAAUUUCAAUAUGAAUCCGCUGACAAUCGAUGUUGACCCGCGUGCUUGGGACUUAUUUCGGGCAAAGAACGAUGGCAAAGAGGGACUCACCGUUACCGAAACCAAGCCGAUGAUAACCAGCACUUCCAUGGCUGAGAGAGACUUCAAUGAUGCGGCCACACAUGAAGAUGUGGACGAUAAUGAUGACAGCGACGAUCCGCCGCUUGCUGAAAUGCUAGAUCCCGAAUUGCAACCCGAGCAGCCGAUAGCGGACAAUGAAGAAUCACAAGCCAUCUACAGAGAACACCGACGUUUGGCCAAAGAAUAUUUGCGCGUGGAUACGAGACUCUACUAUGCGCAAGAUUUCAAAGAGAAAAUUAUACAAGGCUUGGAUCCAGAAGAGCGGCAGAAAAAACAAGAGAUGUUGAGGAAAAUUAAGGAGAAGCAAGAGCUCUUGGAACUCUACAACAAUUUGAAGCAACAACGUGAAAAUCUACUGGCCGAACAGGCACGAUCGGCGGUGCGACCGAGUGGCGCUAACGUCACGCAACAACAAAUGGACUUGCUCGCUGGCAAUGCGCGUGUGACACCGUCAAGCGGUGGUGUCGGCGCACAACAACAGCAACCGCAAGAAAUGCUGGCCGACGACGGCUGGGUGGUGAUACAACCGAAUCAGAAUGCGUAGUUGGCGGCAUGAUUGCAACAUGAUUUAGGUUAUAUAACUGUAUUUACAUAAUUAUAAUUUUACAUAAGCUUAAGAAACUUGUGACGAUCUUGCGUAAGUGAUCCAAAAAAGAAAACCAAAAAAAGUAGCCUACUUAAGUAAUGUUAGUGUUUAUCACGAUAAAAAUAUUCGCCUUAGCCAUGUCAUUAAAAGCAAAAUUAAUUUUGUAUUAUCAAAUAAGUUUGCGUGUUUGUAUCCGUUGUAUGUGUGAAUGUCUUAGCAUUUAAUGUCUAGUCAUGUGUACUUCAUUGUUAGACAAGCCAUGUGUGGUUGCAUCUAAUGUAAAACUGUUUAUUAUGUCAAAAAUAAUGUCAAUAUUUCCACAUUGACUCUAAUUACUUGUAAGUGCAAUGACAUAUUUCAAUAAAAA